CGCUGUGUGCCGCGGCUAGCAACAGGUGGCCAUCGCUCUGUCACGGCUCUGACAAACGCGUGCUAUUAAAUUAGCCGCAGAUAAACAGUCAGUGCAUGCGCGCUCUCCUAGUAAACCUAAAUUCUAUAACUGCGCACCAAGAUGAUCAGGAUGUUUUCAGGAACGUCCGUGUGCCGGGUCGGCUUAAAUCAAAAGGCACUGACAAAAUUACUGUCGACCACGAUCGUGCCAGAGAUGCCACCGUGCGACCACAAACCCGGCACUUACGAGGGCCCAGAUUACACCAAGGUGCAGGCAAUCAAAAAGCAAAACAUCGUGCCGUGCAUCCUCUCCUAUUACAAGAAGCCGCUGCUGCUGCACGAGGGCCACAUGCAAUGGCUCUUUGACCACACCGGAAAAAGAUACUUGGACAUGUUUGGCGGCAUCGUCACCGUCAGUGUUGGACACUGCCAUCCAAAGGUGAACGAGGCGGCUAUAGAGCAGAUGAACAAGCUGUGGCACACAACAAAUAUUUACAUGCACCCGAAACUGCACGAAUAUGCCGAAGCGCUGACCGCAAAACUGCCUGGCGAUCUGAAAGUCGUCUAUUUUGUAAACAGCGGUUCAGAGGCCAAUGACCUUGCCAUGCUGAUGUCCAGGGCGCACACGCGCAACUUCGACAUCAUAUCCCUGCGCAACGGAUACCACGGCAUGAACCCGUACAUUCAGGGUGCCACCGCCCUCUCGACCUGGAGGUACAACGUGCCGUUAGGACACGGAAUUCACCACGCGAUGAACCCUGACGUGUACCAAGGCAUUUGGGGAGGAUCCCAUUGCAGGGAUUCACCUGUUCAAAGCACAAGAAAGUGUUCCUGCAAGCCUGAUGAGUGCCAGGCUUGCGAUAUGUAUUACGGACAACUGGAGGAGGUAUUCAAAUUCUCACUACCGAGGGGUAAGGUAGCUGGGUUUUUCGCCGAGUCAAUUCAGGGAGUCGGCGGAACGGUCCAGUUUCCAAAGGGCUACGUCAAAAAGGCGUUUGAAAUUGUGAGAGCCAAUGGUGGACUUUGCAUUUCAGAUGAGGUACAAACCGGAUUUGGUCGAACCGGCGAGACCUUCUGGGGCUUUGAAUCUCACGGUGUCGUUCCGGACAUUGUCACAAUGGCCAAAGGCAUUGGAAACGGGUUCCCCUUGGCUGCAGUGGUCACCACUCCAACCAUCGCCGAGUCCCUAGGACAGGCCCUGCAUUUCAACACUUACGGUGGAAACCCUAUCGCCUGCGCAACAGGCCUGGCAGUCCUCAGGGUGAUUGACGAAGAGAAAACGCAGGCGAACAGCCUGGCCGUCGGGACGCACCUGCUGAAGCGCUUGGCCAAAAUCCGGGACGAAUUCCCGCAGUUUGUGGGCGACGUGCGGGGCAAGGGCCUGAUGAUCGGUGUGGAGCUCGUUUCCGACGCUGAAUCGCGCACUCCCAUGCAAGCGCCGCACUUCCUCGAAAUCUGGGAAGAGUGUAAGGACAGAGGGGUGCUCUUGGGACGCGGCGGACUUUACGGCAAUGUCUUGAGAAUCAAACCGCCCAUGUGCAUCAGCAAGCAGGACGCCGACUUCGCGGCUGAUAUCUUCCGUUUGGCAAUCGCACGCUUCGCAGAGCGAGUCGCGCGCAAGUGAAAUUGAACGCUUUACACGCUCAAUGCAAAUUAUUUCGGUAUCUGAUAACACCCUGUGCGGUAACAUAAGUGCCAUAUCUCUUUGCUGUGACAAAAUGCGACUACCGAAUAACCAGUUCUGCGUGGAUUAUUUAUCAACCAAUUUUCAGAUUUUAUUCCUGUGUUAUUGACAUGUCAAAAAUUAGUCUAAAUAUUUAAAUUCUCUUUAUUCCAGCAGCCAAAUUGAUAUUCCUGCAGCUUUCAAAAUAUUCCAUUGCGUUAAAUUUGCACUGCAAAAAAAUGUUUGAACAACAUCAAAUGCUGUCUAGAUAUUUUGUGAGGGAAUAAAUUAGUAAAAGAAAUCUCUAAA